AUUCAUUCGUUUCCAUCACUGCGCUGCGCCGCGCGGUGCUCUGCUCGCCAUCCUCCUCCUCCUCCCCCUUCCUUCCUUCCUCUCUGUAUCUACUCAAAAGGAGUGCAAGGCAAAAAGAAUCAAUAGAGAGAGGGGGAGGGCAAGGCGGGGCAUGAACCCACGCACGCACGCACGCACGCACCAAUCCGAGCAUCCAACGCUCCCUUCAUCCCUUGUAUAAAACCCCGCGCUGCGGCCAGCGCCUUCCAUCCAUCCAUCCGCUCUGCUCCUCCCUGCUCUCCACCGGCCUGCUUGCUUGCUCGUCGGCCGCGAUUCCUCUUCCGUCCAGAUCAUCCAUCCACAGUUCCACACCAUACGCACCUCGUCGACUGACUGAGUAGGAUGCCGUGGGUGGUGCUCUUCCAUGUCGUCCUCUGAUCAUCGCCGCCGCUCCGCCGAUCGACAGCGACCCAGGAGGACAUGCGAGCUGGGUUCAACGGGCCUGACGCGAUCGUUAUGACAAGUGGCGCCGUCGCGUAUUACUACAGAUUGACGCAAGUCUGCCAGGUGAAAAACUAGCCGAAUACUUCCGCCAGCUGCUCAAGCCCGUGACGUAGAUUCGACCACAAAAUCCCACACAUCCACCAGAGACAAUUCCAUCCAAAACAACCUCAAACCCAGACAGACUGACUGCAUCAAUUUUGAACUGAACCCUUGAAUUCUUAGUUCGUUUUCCUUCCAUUCGAAUUUCGAAAGCAACACCUGUCAUUUUCCUUGAAUUCUCCACCGAACCGAUCCAUCCGCAAAGACAUCUCCAGGAGUUGAGCAGCUAGCAGCAACAAGUGAAGCGAUGCAGGGAGAUCCAGGCUACGGGUACGGUGGCUACGCCGCCGGCUACGGCUACGGCUACGGCGGUGGCUACGGCGCCGGCUAUGACAUGGCCGGGUACGGCAACGGAGCCGGAGGAGCCUACUACACCAACGACCGGUACCCCGCGGCGGCGCCGCCUGCCUAUGAGGACCCGCUCGCCGGUCGGAGGCAGCACGACUUCCCGGCUCCGCUCACCGGGCUCGAGUUCCAGCCGUCAGAUACCUGCCCCAAGAACUACGUCAUCUUUGAUCAGACCUAUGACCGGAGCAGGGUGAUGUACCACCCGUCGCUGGCCAACAACUUCGGCUCCUCCGGGGGCUACGACCAGCACUGCAACAACGGCGGCUACGACCAGAACUACGUCGGCAAGAGCACCUACUACGGCGGCGACCAGGACGGAGGCGAGUGUUCAAUCCGGCAGAAGGAGGACACCGACGAGAUCGACGCGCUGAUGAGCUCCGGGGACGGCGACGAGGAGGACGACGUGCUGAGCACGGGUCGCACGCCUGCCUGCCGCGGAGGGGGCUCGCCCGACUCCACCUGCUCCUCCGGGUACGUGGUGAGCGUCAGCCCGACUGGCAACGCCGCGGGCGCCGGCGGGGGCGGGGAGAGGAAGAAGGAGCGGAUGAAGAAGAUGAUGAAGACGCUCAAGGGGAUCAUCCCCGGCGGCGACCGGAUGGACACGCCCGCCGUCCUGGACGAGGCCGUCAGGUACCUCAAGUCGCUCAAGGUGGAGGUGAAGAAGCUCGGGGUGCGCGGAUCAAGAAGCUAGGGAGGGACAGCGACCUCACAUGGCAAUGCAGGUCGAGCCAAUGAUGGAGGCAGAUAAGACGGGGGAGUUGGUGCUCGCUCCUUUUUGCGCUGCCAUGAUGAUACCAUCCCGUGGAGCUCUCGAGGAUCAGUGGAAAGGAAUGAUAUGGAAGGAUUCAGUUGCCGCACGCGCCGAUCUCUCGCCCCUCCCUCCCUCUAGCUGCGUGCGUGCCUGGAUUGUUGCUUUGCUUUUGUAGAAGUUGCUGCUUUUCUUCCGCCCUCCCCCGCCCCCUCCCUGUCGUAUCUCUAGGUGCCGGCUGGUGUUGUAACUUGCAUGCUGAUUAUAUACACCGUGUUUUUGUUUA